GAGCGAGCGUGAGCAGCCGUGAGCGAGCGUGAGCAGCCGUGAGCGAGCGUGAGCAGGCACCUCCGACAUGAACGUGAACCAAGGCACCGUCGGCAGUGACCCGGUCAUCCUGGCCACAGCCGGGUACGAUCACACCGUGCGCUUCUGGCAGGCUCACAGCGGCAUCUGCACCCGCACCGUGCAGCACCAGGACUCCCAAGUGAACUCACUGGAAAUCACCCCAGAUCGUAGUAUGAUCGCAGCUGCAGGGUAUCAGCAUAUCCGAAUGUAUGACCUGAAUUCCAAUAACCCGAAUCCCGUCAUUAACUAUGACGGAGUCAGUAAGAACAUCACCUCAGUCGGGUUUCACGAGGACGGGCGGUGGAUGUACACCGGCGGCGAGGAUUGCAUGGCAAGGAUCUGGGACCUGAGGUCACGUAAUUUGCAGUGCCAGAGAAUCUUCCAAGUCAAUGCUCCCAUCAACUGUGUUUGUUUGCAUCCGAACCAGGCUGAGCUGAUUGUAGGUGACCAGAGUGGAGCCAUCCACAUCUGGGACCUGAAAACAGACCACAAUGAGCAGUUGAUCCCUGAGCCGGAUGUUUCUGUCAACGCUGUUCACAUUGAUCCUGAUGCCAGCUACAUGGCAGCAGUCAACAGCUCAGGGAAUUGCUAUGUGUGGAACCUGACAGGAGGUAUUGGAGAGGAAGUGACACAGCUCAUUCCUAAAACCAAGAUCCCAGCCCACAAGCGCUACGCUCUGCGCUGCAAAUUCAGCCCCGACUCCACGCUCCUGGCCACCUGUUCUGCUGAUCAAACCUGCAAAAUCUGGAGAACCUCAAACUUCUCCCUGAUGACGGAGCUCAGCAUCAAGAGCAACAACCCCGGGGAGACGUCGCGGGGCUGGAUGUGGGACUGCGCCUUCUCGGGGGAUUCCCAGUACAUCGUCACAGCUUCUUCUGAUAACUUGGCCCGACUCUGGUGUGUGGAGACUGGAGAGAUUAAGCGUGAAUACAGUGGCCACCAGAAGGCAGUGGUGUGCUUGGCCUUCAAUGACAGUGUGCUGGGCUGAUGUUACCAGGAGACAGACAUGGCUUUCCUGCCUACGUGUUUGUGAACUGAUCCCCGUCAAGUCAUUGGGCAACACUGAGGCAGAGUUGUAAUAAAUAGUGAAUGUAGAA